AUGUUUAAACUUUUCGUUACUUUAACGCUUAUUGGUUUAACUUUGGGACAAUCCCCGAACUACAGGAUUUUAAGACAAAGGCAGGAAAUCGAUCCGUAUGGAAGUUACAAUUGGUCCUACGAAACGGAAAAUGGUAUUAAAGCUGCCGAGCAAGGAAGUUUGUACCCAUCAAAUAAUCCCGAUUCGAAAGAAGCUUUAAAAGCCGAAGGAUCUUUCAGCUAUACUUCUCCGGAAGGAGUUCCGGUACAGAUAACUUACGUUGCCGAUGAAAAUGGAUUUCAACCUCAAGGUGAUGGAAUUCCGAAAAUUCCGGAAUAUAUCGUAAGAUCUUUGGAAUAUCAAAGGGCGCAUGGAAAAUUAUAA